UUAGCCAGGACUCUCCUCAGAGUUCAUUUAAUUGUACUGAUUGUUGGAGAAGUUGAAGUCGAUGGAAGAUGUCGGAAUCGGCAGUUGUUUGUAAUAUUUGCGGCUCGGUGUACACAUUGCCCGAAGAUGAAGUUUAUGGGAAUCUUCCGCGCGCGCUGUUGUGCAGUCAUAUCUUCUGCACCACAUGUCUGCGCGCGCUUGAGUCUCCGCAGAACGUCAUCACGUGUACGGAAUGUGAGAUAGAAACCAGUCUUGGUGAGGAUGGUGUUGAUGGUUUAGAGGUGGACAGCAGAAUCGUUGGCCUCAUCUAUACUGCACGGAUGAACACAAAAAAAGGGCCUUCAGGAGGGAGAUCGAAAUCUCGAAUGGCAAAGAGCCCAGCCUCAACUGCAGCUGUCGACACAGAGGAGAUUGCUGAACUGAAACGAGACCGAUUUAAGGUUUUGGAUGAAGCGCUUAUGAAGGCCACGGAAAACCUGAAUAAACUUGAUUCACUUUACCAGACUCUGGUGAAUGGUAUUCCAGCUCAGCUGAGGAAAGAGAGAUCCAGAAUUAUCAGAGAAAUUGAUGUUGCCGUAGAUAAAGCAAAAAGCAUUCUGCUUAAAAGACGGAGUGUAUUGAUGUCCAAAUUGAGUGCUGUGGAUCUUCUCUUCUCGGCUGGCCAGAAGGAAUGUAAAAGAAUAGAAGAGAGAGUGAAAGAGCUACGGACUGCCAUUCAAAAAGCUCGACAUGUCCGUCAGGUUCCUUCUCUUGGGACUUACUGCAAUCUAGAUGAGAUUUUGGAGACUUUACACCUUCCAGUGGAUGUUGAGUCAUAUGACAUGAGUUCUCUGUCCUUGCAUUCAGGACUCAGGUGCAGUCUUCAGGUGGACAGUCUGACUGAAUGCUUUAAAAACUUUCUUAAAAUCAUCAAUGACGAUGAUGAUGUUAUCUUGGAAGAAGUUACAGUUGAGCCUUUCCAAUACCAAGUGAAGAGUGAGGAAUCUGGGAAAAGAGUUGAGGUCUGGGACAACUUAAGUCUGGGUGCUACGGGAAGUGACAACGCCAAGCUUAAAAAGAAAAGCCCUCAAAAAGAAUUUCCAGAAAGAAAAGCAGAAAGCCGUAAACUCCUUGCGGACGUUAUUGAUCAUACGGAUGCUUGCGCAGAGAUGGUGGAAACAGGACAACCCAGGCACAGAGAGAGACACUGGAUGCACAGAAAACAGCGAAGGCUCCAGGUUGACAAGUCUUCAACGUCACAUCCUAAAUUGGUGCAUUACGUUAUGGUGAGCCACAUCGAGAACCCUGGCAAUUUCCACGUACGAUAUAUGAUGGAACACAAGUCAGCACAUAGACUGACACAAAAGAUCAACACAUUCUGCACAGAAGAGAGUAGCCUCUUCACAUUUAGUGAUGAAAUCAAGACAGACUCUCUGCUCUUUGUCUGGUGGAAGAUGGAUACGUGGUGUAGAGGAAAAGUGACCGAGCUCUUUCAGAAGGGGUGUAUCCAGAAUGUUCCUAAAUGCCUCGCUUCCGAAGUCUCCCGGGUGUGUUUUUUCUUCUUGGACCAUGGCUUCUCCAAGGGAUUGACAAUCCCAAGUGAUAAAGGUUUAUGCAAGUUGAACGAAUGUGUUCGGAAACCUGAUGGAGUUGCUCUGGCUGAAAUGAAUGCCUGGAUUCCUAUGGCCAUCAAAUGUUCCCUUAAAGAUAUUAUUCCUUCAGACCUGGUGAGAGGGUGGAGUACAGAAGCAAGUGAUGAAAUGAGGUCUCUGCUGGGCUCCAAGGCCGUUGAGAUGCAUGUGUUCGGAGAUGAAGGCGGCACGCUCUUGGUGGAUCUGAAAAAGGCACCAAUGGUGUCUAUUCGAGAACACUUGGUUUUCAUGGAACUGGCCAGAUUCUACUGUCCUAUGGCAGCUCCUGGAUCCAGCAAGCCCUUGCUGUUUUAUCCUCCAGUUCACCCCAAAAAAGAUGUUGAGGUCAAUGCGGUGCUUUCUCAUGUCAACACACCUUCAGACUUCUAUGUGCAAUUAGUUGAAAAUAUGGAGUACUUGCUGUUGCACUCGAAACUUCAGGACUGUUAUGGCCCACUUGCAGCGGACGACGAGUUCCAGAUCUACUGCCCCUCUCUGUCACAGGCUUGUGUUGCUCGCUAUGACCAAGAGUGGUACAGGGCCCAGGUCACAGGUUUCCCUGGUGGUCGAAUGGUUGACGUGCGGUAUGUGGACUUUGGCUAUAAAAAAACUCUGUCUGUGAAAGAUUUGAGACAGAUAAAGGAUGAGUUCUUUGCUCUGCCAGAAAUGGGGGUUCGGUGCACUUUGGCUGAUGUGUCCAGUUUGGAGGAUGUGUGGAGCGAUGAAGCAUGUAAAGAGCUAAAGGGACUUGUAGAGAAUAAACUUGUCACUGUUGUGGCAAAAAAGCUUGUGCCCGUCACUAGCCCUGUACCUGUGUGUCUGUUUGAGAUCAGUGAUGAUGGUACCGGUGCUAGUAUCGGAGAGCUGUUGGUCAGAAAGGGUCUUGCGGUUUCCAGUAAACAGGCUCUGGAUAUUGACCUCCCAUCACUGGAGACAACUGUGUGGGAUCCUCCGUUUGAAGAGGAACUGCAUGUUGAGCUGACUUCCCCGUCUCCUGAUUCUGAAGAGCUCAAGCCCACCCUGACCCUGCCCACUUGUCUCAACGACAUCAGGGUUCGAGUGACACAUGUCACCUCUCCUGGAAACAUCUGUGUGCAGCUGCUGCAGUUUGACUGUCACCUAAACAGAAUCCAUGACAUCCUGAAGAAUCUGUACAGUAAGUCAGAGCCACAGGAGAUGGAAUGGGAAGGGGAGAUGUUCUGCGCCGCUAAUAACACAGGAGUGUGGGAAAGAGGACAGGUUUGCAGUGUGUCCUCCAGCAGUGUUGCAGAGGUUUUGCGUUGUGACUUUGGCAAUAUUGUGAAUCUCUCUGUGAACAAUCUCCGACCCCUUCGUCCUGAUCUGAUUGGCUCUUACUUACUGGAGUGUAAUCUCAGUGGUAUAAGGCCAGCUGGUGGUCGCUCCACAUGGACAGCCACGGCAUGUGAGACAAUCUCUCAGUUCUUGACCGGGGCAACGGCUAUAAUGACCGUAAAGGAUCCAACCGUCAUGCCGGUGUUAAUAUUUCUGUUCUGUUCAAACCGGGCUGGUCAGAACAUCAGUAUCGCAGAUUUCCUUAUCAGUGAAGGUCUUGCACUCAAGGAGAGAAAGGAUGCUUCCCUAUCCCAGAAUGCUUUUUCAGAGGAAUGUGUGCUGAAUGGGGAGAACACGGAGUCAAAGCGAACUGAGACUCCACCCCAGACUCCACCCACACCUUCCCCCCGCUUCAAUCCUCCACCAGAGAGAGUAAAAACACAUGCCUACUCCCCUCCAGAUAUGCCUCCCCGGGGACACGCACUCAUGAGCAUCUCAGCCAUCUCUGACCAAGGUGUCAUUUAUGCUAUGACGCAUGAAGCAGUUUGCGAGUUUGAUCGCUUACGUGAACGUCUUCAGCAGCACAUUAAAACUCUGCCCAGGCAGAAGAACUACAACUGGAAAGGUGUUUUAGGGUGUGCUGUCAUGGGUACAGACAUGUACUGGUACAGGGGUCAUGUGAUGGAGGUUAUUGGAGGACACGUUAAGGUACGAUAUGUGGAUCAGGGUCUUGUGGAAAGUAUUCCUGUUUGCCACGUGUAUCCAGUGGUUCUCUGUGAGGAUGUGGCACAGCUCUGUAUACCCUGUCAGAUAAAUGGAGUCAUUUCGAUUGGAAAGGGAUGGCAGUUGGACGCUGUGAUGUUCAUGAAGGAAUUGCUGCUUGGACGUUCAGUCAACGUUCACAUAAUGGAACACCCUGAGGAUCCAUGUGGCUGUGUUACCGUCGAGAUAACCGUGGAUGGCAUGGUCCUCAGCAAAAUAUUGGUGCACCACCAGUAUGCCACCUAUGAUCCCCGACUUCAAAAGCCAAGAGGAGUAUGUGGUCAAGCCUCCCAUCCCUGAUUUGGAUGAUUGGGACAUAAACACAGAGGGCUUGAAGAAACCCAAACCUGUUUUAGGGUUCUUUACAGAAUUCGAACUUCCUGAAGGGAAGAAACAUUUCUCUGCUAGGGUCAAGCACAUCCGCACACCGAAUGAGGU